AUGGAGAGGCUUCUUCCCUUCAGCGGGCCAGCCGGCAAGCUCACCGUUCUUUCCAUGCUAGCCCUUCUCAACAUCCUGUCCGCGCCGCUCGGUCACUCGCAGAAGGAUCCCAUCUACCUCUGGUGCUCCGGCUACACCAACUACACCGCCGGUAGCGAGUACAAGGCGAACCUCGACCUCCUCCUCAGCAACCUCAGCGCUGUGCCCGCCAGUGCCGGCGGGGGCCACUUCCUCAACGCCUCCGUCGGCUACUGGACCGACCCCGAUGCCGUCUACGGCCUGGUCCAGUGCCGCGGGGACGUCCUCGCCGCCGACUGCGCCUUCUGUCUCAACCGUUCGGCCUCGGCGGCGGUCCUCCGGUGCCCUCUCCGUCGGCGCGCCGCCGUUCGCUUCGACUACUGCCUCCUCCGCUUCUCCGACCAGAAAUUCUUUGGAAACAUGGACGAUACAGAAAGGAGCUCCCUGGUGAACUCCAAAGGUGCGCCCGACCCGCUGGCAUUCGACCACCGGCUGAUGGAUCUCAUGGCGGAGAUUUCCUCUCAGGCGGCAGCGGCGAGUUCCAAGUUCGCCGUGGGGAUCAACAAUUCUGAUUCCUCAGGUAUCUACGGAUUAGUCCAGUGCACUCAUGACCUGUCAGAAUCCGAGUGCAGCCAGUGUCUUCAGGGUCAGAUCAGCAUCCUGCCCAGGGGGAAGAUCGGGGCUCAGAUCCACGUUGCGAGCUGCUCGGUGAGGUUCGAAACCAGCAUCUUCUUCGCGACUUUGGCCAUCUCUCCGCCCCCGCCUCUGCAGAAUCGGAGCCUUCGGUCCCCCGGCAACGACGCCGGCGUGAGCUCGGGCGGCAAAGGUGACGCGCGAAUUAAGGCACUCCUUUUCGAUUUGAUUGUCCGGCAGUCCUUCGGUCGUCCGUUCAUCUGGUCCCUUCAGGUCAAGAUCAGGACUUUAAUCAAGUUGACAAAUACGGCCGCGUAUGAAUUCCUAUCGCUUGCACCAUGUCUUUGAACACUUGUCAUUAGGUCGUACCACUCAUUGGCCAAGACCCCCCGAAAUGGAAUUAAAAAUAAUCAUAUUAUUCUAUUUCGGAAAAUAUGUGUGCCUCAUAUCUAGCUCCUAGCAGUUCUUGACCAAGCAUGCAGUAUACCGAGCUGAUAAUCUGUUAAGUCGCCGCUUUAGUCUGACCAAUCCUCCACGUUUGACUUCUUGCUUCUUUUGGGAAAGUAUAUGAACGACCAUCAUUAGGUGGUAUCACGCGUUGACUUAAGCCUCCUCGAAAUGAAAUUCCAAAAUUAUAUUAUUCUAUUUUUUGAAAUAUGCAUGGUCUUAUCCAGCUCCUGGCACUUUUUGAAAAGCAUGCACCAUACCGAAGUUAAUAAUCAACAUUCUUCUAUUUCGGUAAAUCUUCUUUUUAUUCAGGUCAACCACUUUAUUGACCCUGCAGGUGAAAAAUAGCAUGAUAUGCAAUAAAGUAGUUGACAAAGAUGCAAUGAAGAAGCCUGCUUAAGAAAUCGAUAUCGGGUCUCCAUAAAAUACUAAAUAAAGAAAGCAAUAUAUCCUAUAGAUAGGACCAUACUUUAACCAUACCCAUCUUUUGGCUUGUGCUCAAUGGCAAUUAUUUAUUGCUGGAGAAGCUCCAAUGUUUUUCUAACACGAUGAUGAUGAUUACGAUGAUUUCAUAUGCAUCUUUAUUUAGUUACGAUUAAUAUAUUUUUAUUUUCAUAUAUAAUUUAUCUCGUGGGUCUUUUCUAUAUGGGACAGAAAACACUUGCAAAUCGUGGAGAAUCAUCAUGAUCAUCGUGAUCCUAUUAUUGGUUGCUGUGAUAGUUCUCCUCCUUGUCCUGCUGAUUCAUUUCAGAAGAAGGAUUCCAAAAGGGUUGCCACUUAGUGAGUCUUCCACGAUAUGAAAUGUCAAUAAUAUCCAUAAAAAAAUAUUCGAUAUUUUUCUAAAUAGUUCUGAUUUCUCUCCUCAGAUCUUGUCAAAGAUCAGGAGGUUAUAACAGCAGAAUCUCUACUUUUUGACUUUCGAACGCUUAAAAUUGCCACCAGAAACUUCUCUGAAGCUAAUAAGCUUGGAGAAGGCGGAUUUGGUCCAGUUUACAAGGUAAUAUUUCACUAGUGUGAGAAAUACAUCAUAUUUUCAAUAUUUAUUUUAAAUAUUCCACUAAUGCAAAGUUCUUGAUUCUACACAGGGACUUUUACCAGAUGGGCAACAAAUAGCGGUGAAAAGACUAUCUAAACGUUCCGGGCAGGGCUUGGCUGAACUGAGAAACGAGGUCGUCUUGGUCGCCAAGCUUCAGCACAGGAAUCUUGUCAGGCUGUUAGGAUUUUGCUUGGAAGAGGAGGAGAAGAUGGUGAUCUAUGAGUACUUGCCUAAUAGAAGCCUCGACAAUUUCCUAUUUGGUACUUAGGCCUCCUAAACUUCCUCUUUCAUGAUUUAUUUUCUAUUUAAUCACAUUAUUAAAUAGGAAAAUAUGAAUAUUAUUUUCUGUCGUAGUUUCUUGCAAGUCCUGACCCCUGCUCCAUUGCACGUUCUAUUUCAUCUAAUAUGGGCUUUGUAUCCUUUGCCAACUUGAACUAGAUAGACAUGGGCUUUUUUCAAAGUGAUCUACCCACAUCUGAUGAUCCUAAUCACGUUUUCUACAUGUUCAUGGUAGAUCCUAUCAAGCGCCACGUUCUAGACUGGGAGAGGAGAUACAAGCUUAUAGAAGGAAUUGCUAGAGGGCUUGUCUAUCUUCACGAAGACUCGAGGCUGAGAGUCAUUCAUCGAGACCUAAAGGCCAGCAAUGUGUUGCUAGAUGAGAACAUGAACCCAAAGAUCUCUGACUUUGGCCUCGCCAAGCUCUUCGGCAUGGAUGAGACCCAUCGGAACACUAGUCGGAUCGCAGGCACUCAGUAUAUCUCUCCUGCGCUGAAUCUCUACUAGCCAGUUUAUUGGGGUUAUCAUAUUGUUCUUCAGUAUGAUUUCAAAAAUUAUACUAAUUUUCCAAUUCUGCAUGCAGCGGCUACAUGGCACCAGAGUAUGUGAUACGCGGUCACUUCUCACCAAAGUUGGAUGUGUUUAGCUUUGGCAUUCUAACUCUUGAGAUAGUAACGGGUCAAAGGAACAACAUUGUGUCAUGUGAUUCGGAAAAUCCAAUUGAUCUUGUGAGCUAUGUAAGUAUUUCCUCAAAUGGAUCAUAUUAACUAAGAUGUUUCCAUGAAUGUGAUGACUAAGAUAGAAGCAUUUAGAUAGAAGCAUGAAUAUGGAUAAAUAUCAAAGAUUUCAUGUUAUAUACUGGCAGGUAUGGCAUCAUUGGAAUGAGGGGACAACUCUAGAAGUGGUGGAUCAAAGCAUAGCUGACCAAUGUCCGAGGCAUGAAGUCAUACGAUGCAUCCACAUGGGCUUGUUGUGCAUCCAAAGCGACCCAUCAGACAGGCCAAAUAUGUCUGAGGUGGCCCUCAUGCUUAGCAGCUUCUCUGUGACUCUUCUUGCUCCGUCAAAGCCUGCAUUCGUUCUAAAUUCAAGCAUGAGGAGCCAAUCGGAGGAAUCCAGAAUAGACACAGAUUAUCAAUCUUCAGAGCGACAUAAUUCUAAUCAAAGCAUAUAUCGGCCAAGCGGUCAAUCUAUCAAUGAAGUUACAUUUUCCGGAGUAGAACCAAGAUAG